CUUUGCCUAUAGGUGGCGCUUUUUUUUAAUCAUUAGCCAGAAUGGACUCGAAAAAUGCCCUGAAAACCUGGGAGUUAAGUAAUAACGUUGAAAAUGUCAGUAUUGACGAAAUAUACAGAUAUGACAAGAAACAACAACAGGAUAUUCUGACGGCCAAACCAUGGGAGAAAGAUCCACAUUACUUCAAGCACAUUAAAGUCAGUGCUCUUGCCCUUCUGAAGAUGGUGAUGCACUCAAGAUCAGGUGGAAAUCUAGAAGUGAUGGGGCUAUUACUGGGUAAAGUUGACGGUAAUACAAUGAUUGUGAUGGACAGUUUUGCCUUACCUGUGGAAGGGACGGAGACCAGGGUCAAUGCCCAGGCUCAGGCGUAUGAAUACAUGGCCGCUUACACUGAGGCAGCAAAACAAGUCGGGAGAUAUAUUAUUGGUUGGUACCACAGUCACCCUGGUUACGGCUGCUGGUUGUCAGGGAUAGACGUCAGUACACAAAUGUUAAACCAGCAGUUCCAGGAACCUUUUGUGGCUAUUGUUGUAGAUCCAGUGAGAACAAUAUCUGCAGGAAAGGUUGGCAGAUGAUGUUUAUUUUCAUAUUUAUUUCAUUUUAUUUUGUAUUAACAGGGCUUCAAACCCCCAGAUGAGGGUCCAUCAGAAUACCAGUCUAUACCUCUAAAUAAGAUAGAAGAUUUUGGAGUUCAUUGUAAACACUAUUACAGCUUAGAUAUGUCCUACUUCAAGUCCGUCGCAGACAGAAAAUUAUUGGAAUCUCUGUGGAAUAAAUACUGGGUUAACACACUCAGUUCUUCCAGUCUAUUAACAAACGCAGACUACACAACAGGUCAGAUUUUUGACCUGGCAGACAAACUAGAGCAGUCAGAGGUCCAGCUGUGUAGAGGGGGGUUUAUGUUGGGAAUGGACACACAUGAAAAGAAAUCCGAGGAUAAACUCGCCAAAGCUACUAAAGAUGGAUGUAAAACUACAAUGGAAGCAAUACAUGGCCUGAUGUCACAAGUGAUCAAAGACAGACUUUUUAACCAAGUGCACACUUCUAAAUGAUACCUUGUCCCUUCGUUGAGUGCUUCCAGUGACGUUGAUGAUUUACUAAAGGACUUCAAUGAACAAGGGAGAAUCAAAAUGAACCUUAUAUGUAUGUGAAUUCUUGUUAUAUUAAGUGUAUAUACAUGUAAUAAAAAAUUUGACAUA